AUGACGACCGGGAGGUCCGCAACGGCUGCGGGGACAAGACCGUUGAGGCUGCCAGCCCGUCUAAGCGGCGGUGCGGGCCUCCCCCCUCCACCCGCCCCCGCCUCCGCCCCGGAGCGGGAGGUAGAGGAGGAGGUGGAAAAGUCGGCCCUAGGCGGCGGGAGGUCCUUCCGGCGGAGGAUCCGAAAUGUGGAAAAUCGAAAAGGCUUGGAGCUAAAGGUGGUGGCCAAGACCCUUCUUCUCGGCCCCUUCCUGUUCGUCCGUAAUUCCCUGGCGCAGCUCCGGGAAGAGGUGCACGAACUGCAGGCGUGGUGGUUCCCCAGCAGAACCACUUUGGACAUCGCCGUCCUUGUGGCAUAUCUACAUUGGUUACAUUUAGUAAAACUUUGUGAAAAUUAUCGUCAUUUCUCUCACCUCUCAUCUUUGGAACGGGAGAUGACUUUUUGCACCGAAAUGGCUAGGUUUCUUCUUCUAACGAAUUAAUUUGUGGUUUAAGAAUAGCGAGACUAUGAGGUAGAGAUGUAUUAGGAAUUGAAAUGAACUUUUGGUGAACUGCACUGUUUCAUAAGCUAUAACCCAGGUUUAUUAUUUAAAUAGUAAAGUGUUUGAGAUUAUUUUUCUGUUACUUCAUUAUCUCUCACCCUUUCCUAAUGCAGACUUCUUUUUAAGAUAAUAAAGAUGAAUUAUAAUAGCUGAGAAAGGAGAAGAAUGCAAGCUCUGAAAUGACAUCCUUAAAUGCUGAUACUGGUUACAACCUCUUUACCUCUCUGAGGAAAUUGUAACAGUGUGUCUUUUAGGGUGUUUUUAUUUUACCAGCCCUUAAGAAAGAUCUCUAAUACCUUUUAAUACUUUUUUUUAUAAUUUCAAGUUGAAGUGUUUUUAAAAACACCUUGUUCUGUAAUGUUUUGAAUUUCUUGAGAUGUAUUUACCCCACUAGAUACAUAUUUGCCACUGGUUAGUUCUCCAUCUAAGCUCAAGAGGUUAUUCAUCUCUCUUUAGAUUCCAGUGGUUUUUCUUUUAACAUCCAGGUAAAAUAGAAACUGCUAUGGUAUACAACCAAAUUUUGGGGUUAAACAUAAUCAGAAAAGAAAAUCCACUUAAAUUUAUGAAGUGAGAUUUUCAGAUCCUAGAUCUUGAAUAUAGCAAAGGUCUUUUCAUCUUGAUGGCCCCAAAGCUUGUUGGUCAUAGUCUUUAUUUCUGGCCACUAUCUUCUUAAAUAAUAUAUUUUUAAGCCCUCAUUUAUUUUUGGUUUUGGAUGAGGAAAGUCAUGUUUUCUAAGUCCUCUCCCCUAAUAAAACCUACCCAACAAUAGUGCUUUGAAAAGUGGUAGUUAUCUUGAAGAUACUCUUGCCAAAUGCAAAGAUAAACAUUCUUUUUGUCUGCUUUAUAAAUAUGAAAUAUGCCAGAUCUAUAGUAUUUUAAUGUGCAUCUACUUUAAAUGAGUCAUCUUGGGGUUUUUAUAAUUCCCUUAUAAUCUUGCCCCUCUACACUUGAAAUAACAAAAUGCCUUAAUUUUAUAGAUUAGUUCUCUUAUAGUAGACAGGCAGCUAUAUGCAGCAAAACCAAUAAAGUUAUUUUUCAACUUUCAUAGUUGUAAAAUAUUUUAUAGCAAUACAAAACAGCUAAGAAAACUUGCCACAUUUUAUUUUAGCAUUUUCAAAUAAUUUGUUUUUGGUGUAAGCACAGGAUAAAAAAGGAGAGCAUCAAAGAAAAGAGACAUAACACCUAACAUUCAUAAAAAUUAACAAAGUAUAUUUUGGAUGAUAUUUUUACAGGAAAUAUUUUAAAUAAGUUGGUGGAAUUUUUAAAAUGGUACUGUAUUAGCUAAUAAAAUAUUCGGUACAAAUAUAUGUUUGGAUUUAUGCAUUAAAAAACUAAUAAAAUUAUUUCCAACUUU